AUUGCAUAAGCUAACUUUGGUUUCUCUUAUAUAUUUCCUCGAGAGUUUAAUAAUCAUAUUCUAAAACAAAAAGAUGUUAGAAGGGAAAGCAGUAAUGGGUGAGACAGAUAUGAAGCAAACAAUGAAGGAAGAUGCUCUUAGUUUGGCCUCCAAAGCCCUUGAUUGCUUUGAUGUCACCGAACCCACCCAAAUCGCUCGUUUCAUCAAGAAGGAAUUUGAUAGUAGUUACGGAUCGGGGUGGCAGUGCAUCGUCGGGACGCAUUUUGGAUCUUUCGUGACUCAUUGCAGUGGCUGCUUCAUCCAUUUCUCAGUUGGCAGCCUUACCAUUUUGCUUUUUAAGGGAUCAGUAGGUGAACCGGCGCCCCGGACCGACGGUCUAGCUAAUUUAGACAGUAUUGUAAAAUAAUCAAGUCCUUUUCGAUUGAUGUAGUGUUAAAUCGAGUCCGAUUCAAGUUCUUUCACUGUAAUAUCAAUCAUGAUUCUUGUUAUGGAUGUCUUCAAUAACAAGAAAACACUGCU